AGGACUCACAGACAUGAGCUGUUCACUCCUUCCCCAGUGGAUGCUCAUCCUGAUGACAGCAAGAACAAAUUCCAGCUAAAGACAGUGGAGACUCUGUUGGGCAGUCCAGCUAAGGUGGGAGAAGUGAUUGUGCUGGGGAUGAUCACUCAGCUCAAGGAGGGGAAGUUUUUCCUAGAAGACCCCACAGGAGUGGUGCAGCUAGACCUUAGUAAAGCACAGUUCCACAGUGGGUUGUACACUGAAUCCUCCUUUGUUCUGGCAGAAGGCUGGUAUGAAGAUGAAGUUUUCCAUGUGAACGCUUUUGGAUUUCCGCCCACUGAGCCUUCUGCUACCACGAGAGCCUUCUAUGGGAACAUCAACUUCUUUGGAGGCCCUUCCUCAACAUCAGUGAAGGCUUCUGCCAAGCUGAGGCAGCUGGAGGAGGAGAAUGAGGACGCCAUGUUUGUGUUUGUGUCCGAUGUGUGGCUGGACCAAGCAGAGGUGCUGGAAAAGCUUCACAUGAUGUUUGCAGGUUAUUCCUCUGCACCUCCCACCUGCUUUUUCUUCUGUGGAAAUUUUUCAUCUGCACCAUACGGCAGAAAUCAAAUCCAGUCCCUGAAAGGUUCCUUGAAGGCUCUGGCAGACAUUAUAUGUGAAUAUCCCAGCAUCCACCAAAGUAGCCGAUUUGUGUUUGUCCCUGGUCCUGAAGAUCCUGGGCCUGGUUCCAUUUUACCAAGGCCUCCCCUGGCUGAAAAUAUCACUCAGGAAUUCAGACAGCUGGUGCCAUUUUCAGUUUUCACCACAAAUCCCUGCAGGGUUCAGUACUGCACCCAGGAAAUCAUUAUUUUCCGGGAAGAUUUGGUCAACAAAAUGUGCAGGAACUGUGUUCGCUUCCCAAGCAGCACCAUGGACAUUCCCAACCAUCAAGCUUCAAGGACUCUGAAUUUCUGUGGCACUGAAAAAAGGCAGUGAACCCAUGGGAAGCCAGCUGUAUUUUUUUUUUUACAUGCCUUAGUUUUGUGAUGUAUUAUGGACUUUUUAUAAAAAAUGUCAAAGUCAAAACUGGUUUGUUUUGUACACAAAUAAACUUUUACAGGGAAAAGA